AUGUUUCAUUACUAUCGGGAUGAUUGGACCGUGUAUGAUCGGGAGCAUCGGCAUCUGGUGUCUUCGACGCGGUUUGUGUGGCAGUAUGCUGAGCAGGCGCGGCGUCGUGCCGGGACGGAGCAGGGCGACCAAAGCCGGGCCUUGGCGCUGCAUGCUUGGGCCUAUGUGCGCGAUCGCCACUACGACCCGGAAGCGCGUCUGUAUCACUGGUCUCUCCGUCAGCACAAACCAGACGGCGAACCCUUUUUCAUGUAUGGCCAGGCCUUUGUCCUGCUGGCUCUCAGCGCGCUCGUACGCAUGGGGGACGUGCCCGAGGCUCAGUCGCGCACGGAACAACUCUGGGAUACCCUUGAGGCGCGUUUCUGGGAGCCAGCACAUAACGCCUAUGCUGAUGAGCUUCCCGUUGAUGCUGACACCCCGGUCCCUUAUCGAGGACAAAACGCCAACAUGCAUGCCUGCGAGGCCUGUCUCGCCCUUCACGCUGCGACGGGCCAAGACCGCUACUUGCAGCGAGCUCGCGCUCUCGCCGAGACUUUUUGUUUUCGCCUCCCACGUGACAAGGGCAUCUGGGAGCACUACAACGAACAAUGGCACCCAGACCUAGACUUUAACAAGGAUGCCAAGGACAACAUCUUUCGCCCCUGGGGCUACCAAACUGGUCACCAGGUCGAAUGGGCAAAGCUGCUCCUGAUCCUUCACGAGGCGCUUCCGCGGCCCGACUACGUGGACAAGGCCAAGGCGCUUUUUGAUUUUGCAGAAAGCUAUGGACGAGACCGGCGGCAUGGUGGCUGGAUCUAUGGCUAUGAUCUCGAUGGGCUGCCGUGUGACAGCGACAAGUACUUCUGGGUACAAGCUGAAACUUUUGCAGCUGCGUAUCGUCUCUACGCCGUCACUGGUCAGUCCUUCCUUCAAAAGACUUGA